GUGCUGGGAAAUAACAGAUUAAUGAAAAAAAAUAUUAAAAUACUGUAGUAUCGUAAGCGCUAGUCUGUACACUCUCUACUUUGAAGUAUCAUUUUACAUUUUGAAAGUUAAAGUUUUUGUUUGUGUCUCAUACGAACUGUUAGAAUUUUUCUUCGGAAACAUAACAUUGUAUUGUCUGUAUCCGUCAGCCAUUUGUUUUAAUUUGUUAUUGCUUUGUGGUACUUUCGAAGCCACACCUUGAGGUUACUAGAAAAAUAUAAUUCUGUCGCAAUAAUUUCAACUUUAUUUCUUACUGUUUUAAUUGUGAAUUAACAAUAUAAAAAUGUCGCUCUACCCAUCGCUGGAAGAUAUGAAGGUAGACAAAAUGGUUAGAGCUCAAAUGGCUCAAAAUCAGGCUCCAUCAGGCUAUCCUCCUGCUUAUCAUCAACCAGGAUAUCCUCAGAUCACUGCCCCUACUCCUAGUGUCCCAACAGCGAUGUAUCCGGCUUUGGGCGAAUAUAUGGGACUGGAGCUAUCUCAUGAUGUUAUUGCCCUAAAUAUGCCCGAAUAUCAAGUACAAACUCUUCAAGCUGGAGGAGCAGGAAGUAAUUUGAUUGCUCCACUUUCGUCUCAGUCACCUAGUCUGGCAAAGGCUAUAGUGACUCAUGGGAUAAGACAAGUCAUUAUGUGUAAAGACAGAGAUGGCAAGUGCGGUUUAAGACUUCACUCUGUUAACAAUGGUGUAUUUGUUUGCUAUGUGGCUGCUGGGAGCCCAGCAGCACUCGCUGGUUUACGAUUCGGUGACCAAAUCUUGGAAAUUAAUAAUGUAGCUCUAGCUGGUAUGUCUAUGGAUCAAUGUCAUGCUAUAUUAAAGAAGGCCCCCACUAAUGGCAUUACAAUGGCUGUCCGUGACAGGCCAUUCGAGAGAACAGUAACACUUCACAAAGAUUCCCUCGGUCAUGUUGGUUUUCAAUUCAAGGAUGGUAAUAUUGUGGGGCUAGUGAAAGAUUCAUCGGCGGCACGCAAUGGCCUGUUGACAGAUCAUCAGUUAUUGGAAAUAAACACUAUAAAUGUGGUCGGCAUGAAAGAUAAGGAGAUAUCAAGGGUUAUUGAAGCGAGCCCAUCUGUUGUUAACAUAACUAUAAUUCCGCAGUAUAUUUACAAGCAUAUGAUAAGCAAAAUGUCGAGUUCAUUGUUUAAGGAGAUUGAUCGCACACCUGCAGUAUAAUAUCCAUUAAGGGCAUAUUUAUUGAAAAAAAAAAAUCUAUACCUUUAUGCAGCAAAAACACACAUUUUACUGUCACAUAACUUUAGAUCUAUAUUAGAAAGCAAAAUUAGUCAGUAGGGCUGUGAACUUUUUGAUUUGCUAACAUUUUAAACAAUAUAUAAUCUUAGUUAUUAAGUGAGGAAAUUAUUAUAAUUUAAGUCAUAGUAUUUGAUAGAUUUAUAUGUAUUUUACAUUUAAUUUGUGCCUUCGCAGUCACAUUUAUUUCAAUGUGAAAUUUCACUGGCUUUUGCACCUGUCCACUGUUGCUCAUGUGGAUUGUAAUUUAAUAUCUUUAUCAUGAUAUCUAAGAUUUUCUUAAGGACACAUUUUAACGUAACUAUAUAUUUGUGUUAUAUUUUUUUUCAUGUUUAGUGUUAUACAUUAUAUAAAAAAGUAUAUAAUUUAUUUAGUUUUCAUUAAAUAUAUGUAUACCUAAUGCUGAAAUAUCUGAAUAUAGAUUAAAAAUUAUUAUAUGAUAUAAAAUACCAAAAUCUUUUAAAACACUAGUAAAAAAUAUAUGAAUUGUUUUAUUACGUUAUAUCAAGUAUUGUCUUAACUCCACAUUCCUACUUUUCAGUUAUAAAGUAUAUCAACAAUGCACCUUUGAGUUUCGAGUGGGAGGUUUAGUUAGAGACGCAUACAUAUAUACACAAACGCAGGCACACACUCAUACAGACAAGAAUAUAUACACAUAUAUAACGAGAUAGUUUUUUACAUAUACAUAAAGAUAUAAUAGUUAUGUUCUCCAUUCAAAAGAAAAGGCGUUUUUUAAUACCUUUUCCAAUAAUUGUAGAUUAUAUUGAAUGAGUCCAUUAAUGUAUCGGGUACUGAAAAUAUAUUAUUCCAUACGUAAUUAUAAUUUUAUGAAAUAAUAUGCAAUUAUUUUAACUUGAUGUAUAUGGCCAUAUUUAUACAAUGAUUUUGUUAAGUAUUGUGUUAUUUUUUCUUUUUAAUUAAGAUAUUUUAACUACACAUUUUUUUCUUGUAUAUUAUAUCCGUUCCAUUUUUAAACAUGUCGCUGUGGGUUUUUUUUGUGUUUCAUAUUUUUUUUGGUAUAUAAAUUAUUUUACCGAAUUUAGAAUGUAUUUGCUCAUGUUGGUCAAUGUUUCAGUCGUAUUAUAUGUUUGUAAAUCAAAUGACGCCAUUUCAAAUGAGAAUUAUAAAUAAAGACUUGAUAUUUUACAAUAUUUUGACAUAGAUUUACUAUAUAAUUGUUAGUUUUAUAUUGAAAACUUAGUUUUGAAGAAAUGUAUUAAGUUGUACCCAUAGAAAUAAAUCUUUUAUUACGAUCGUA